UUCAAAACAAGAAGCCGCUAAACUCAUCUCCAAAACCCCUUCCAUCAUCUUUCCAACACCAAAUCAACAAUCCCUACAUUCAACCAUCAACUGGGUCUCAAACAAAUUCAAAAUCUUGAAACCCCAUCUGCAAAUGUCAUCUCCACCCCCACCAAACCCCCUCCCCACCACCACCACAACCCCCAAUUUCUUGCAACCCCAAAAACAUUCACACCCACCAAUCUACCAAACCUUCUACAACCCCCAACACUCCAAUUCACGACCUCAUCAUCAACAACCACCUCUUCCGGUCUCCGGUUACCCUUAUACGGUUAAUCGCCCACAUGGGUUCUUGAAUUCGGAUCAAUUGGUUAAGGUUAACCCCUUGUCUGCCCCUUUGCAACAAACCCUUGUGGGUGGUGCUCCUACUGUUUCUGCAAACACAAAGGUUGUGGGUCAAUCAUCGGUUGCUUUUGAUAAUAGCUUAAGGGAAAAGAAUGGAGAUGAUGCCUUCAUUGUUAUUAGAGAUAGAAAGGUUCAAAUUUCAGAGGGCACUUCUCUUUAUGCACAAUGCCGCUCAUGGUUGAAGAAUGGGGUUACUUUAGAAAAACAGCCACAGUAUCCGGAUGGUGUCAAAUCUCUUCCAAAGCCACUGCCUGCAUCAACGGUAGAAGCUAGAAAGGAGGAUGACCUGGAAUUAGAGGAGGAGAAUCCCGAGAAUGUCGAUCACUUGUCUGCUAAGGAGCUGUUGCAACUGCAUGUUAAUCAUGCGAAGAAGGUUCGAGCGAGAUUAAGAAAUCAACGGCUACAAAGAAUCGAAAGGUACAAAGACCGUCUUGCUCUACUCUUGCCAGCGGUUGCGGAUCAACAGCCAAAGAACGACCCUGCAUCUUGAAGCAUCCGCAUGCCAAUGAGCAAACCUGCAAAAAGAAGCCAACUCUUUAACCAACUUUAAUAAUUGGCUCUUUUUAUCUUUUAUCUUUGAUAUUACUUUUUAGUUAUCUUUUAAUAUCCUUUAGAACAUUGGGAUAACUUAUUAGUUUUUUAAGAUACAUAUGUUAUGAUGAAUAUGAUUACAGUGACAGUAUCUUUAUCUCCUUUUUGA